AUGGGCACUUGGAGCUUGGCCACUGUCACCACCGUGGACACGGGCCUGGAUGCUUUCAACUAUUCACCACGCAAAAUGCCUUGCCCACAGCAUUUUUUUUCAACAAAACGCCGUAGCCAGUGCAGUUUGGCACCGGGCGGCACUUGCAAAUCUCGUAAUUUCCCCUUUUGCUCUUUCUUCCCUGAAACCGCAUCAGUUGAAGACGUGAUAAAAUACCUGGACCCGCAGUACAUCGAUCGCAUGGCCAUCCCUGAUGCCAUGAAGCUGCAGUUCAUCUUGGCAGAGGAGCAGUUCAUCCUGUCCCAGGCAGCUCUGCUGGAGCAAGUGAGUAACCUCCAGCCGUUUCUGGACAGCGCCCACAUCAAAGCGGUUCCUGAGCACGCGACCAAACUGCAGCGGCUCUCUCAAAUCCACAUACAGCAGCAGGACCAGUGUGAAGCCGUCACUGAAAACGUCAAAGCGCUCCUAGAAGACUACAACAAGAUGACUGUGCUCCUGUCGAAGCAGUUUGUCCAGUGGGACGAAAUACUGACCCAGUUGGAAAUGGCCAAGCAGGUGAAGCCUGUGGCAGAGUGACAGCAGCAAGAAACACAGCCUGCGGCCAUGGGCAACACCAGACACAUGGGUCUCGUGGGAGAGAAGGGCAGUGGGACCUGCCAGCCAGCAUCCAGCACGCAGAAUUCCCGUCUUUGGAUCAGAGCACUGCACAGCAGGGCCUGCACUUUCCUGUUCAGUAGGAACACGCUGCAGGUAGGCGCCCAGUGGCUGCGGCCAGCUCCGUCCUCCCCUGCUCCCUCCUGUGAAGCCAAGUGUCUGGUGCCUCUAAAAAUCCAACCGUCUGCGCUUUUUAUUUGCACUUCUCCAAGUGGUUUCGACUCUUGAUUUGUAACUUAUUUAAGCUCCUGCCCUGCUUGGCCCCAUAUUCGGGCUGGCGGACCUGACUAUAACAACCUCUCAGCUAUUGCUGAUCCCUGGACCGUAAUAAAACCCGAAGACACUAAUG